CAUAUCCCUACUAUCCACCAUGGCAUCCCUCAUCCGCCCGGCAUUGACUGCCUCUGGUCGUCGCACUGUUGCUCCCUUCCGCCCAGCAUGUCGCUGCCUGCACAACAGCUCGUCGAGGACAGCAACGCCACUGCCGCACCCCAUCGCUGCUGGUCCGCCACCGCAACCUCCACAGGCACCUGUUACCGAGACCGAAGACCGCGUCGCUCGCAAGAGACAGCAGGCUGCUCUUCUGGCAAGACAGGCCCAGAUCAAGGUCGAUCCCGCAAAGCCCGCAUCCGCCCUGCGCAAGCGUUUCUGGAAAGAGUCUUCGGUCAAGGAGACUCCUGAUCAUGCUGGACAAGCGACCGGUCAGAACCGCUUCGAAGGAAGUCCUCACCCUGCCGCCCACCAAGUACGCCCUUGCCUCGGGCAUUGCACUCGAAUGGGAUCUCCUCACAUCGGCACAACAGGCGCUGAAGCACCACUACAUCCCCUCACAUCCCUGAGCUCGCGCGCAAUCGACAUUCACAAUGCCGACCUCCAAGGCGACAAGAAGAUCAGGAGAGCAUCGUCA